AUGGGGGCCCACGUCUCCAGGACAGAUUUUGAGUGGUCGUACACGGAGGAGCCUCAUGCUAGUCGCCGGAAAAUUAUUCUCGAAAAAUAUCCCCAGAUCAAGAAAUUGUUCGGCUAUGAUCCAUGGUUCAAAUGGCAGGUUACGGGAUAUGUUUUGAUGCAGUUUAUUAUGCUGUUUGUGAUGAAGGAUAGGUCUUGGCCUAUGAUAUUCCUUGUAGCAUACUGCUUUGGCGGAGUGAUUAACCAUGCCCUUAUGUUAGCUAUUCACGAAAUUUCUCACAAUUUAGCAUUUGGCCAUGCUCGUCCCAUGGCUAACAGAUGGCUUGGAUUCUUUGCCAACCUUCCUAUUGGUAUACCUAUUUCUAUCAGUUUCCGUAAAUGGCACUUGGAGCACCACAGGUAUCAAGGUGAUGAGGUCCUAGACACCGACAUUCCCACUUAUGUUGAGGCAAAACUCUUUUGCACAACAGCUGGAAAAUUCCUGUGGGUUGUUCUUCAACCUUUCUUUUAUGCUCUGAGGCCAAUGUUUGUUUACCCAAAGACACCAGAAACUCUUGAAGUGGUCAAUCUUCUCAUCCAGCUUACAUUUGAUAGCCUGGUGUAUUACUUUUUUGGUGGAAAGGUUUUGGUGUACCUCAUUGCAGGAUCCCUCAUGGCCAUGGGCUUGCAUCCAGUCGCAGGCCAUUUCAUAUCAGAGCACUACAUGUUCAAAAAGGGCUUUGAAACGUACUCCUACUAUGGCAUUUUGAAUAUGGUGACAUUCAACGUUGGCUACCAUAAUGAGCACCAUGAUUUCCCCGCUGUACCAGGGUCACGUUUACCUGAGGUGAAACGUAUUGCAGCUGAGUUUUAUGACAACCUUCCCCAGCACCAUUCUUGGGUAUCAGUGCUGUAUGACUUUGUGACUGAUCCAGAAAUUGGACCAUAUGCACGAAUCAGGAGGAAGCACCGAGGCUUGAAGUCAUAAUGCUCAUUGGCUUUUAAACAUGAGAUUGGACUGAUGUGUGGAUAAAAUUAAAAUUUAAUUGUUUGAACAGAAAUUGUAAAUUGGAUGAGAUUUGAGAUUUCAAUGAGAUUUGUCAUUAUUAUUAAAUUUAUGUAUUCUGCUCUUCUAUGUAUACACAUUUGAGGAAUAUGGAAGGCAGGAAGUACAGACCAGGUAACAUUUAAAUCAAAAGCACUAUGCCAUCUUUCCAUAAAAGGUACAAGAUUGUCAUUGUCUCUUAUUUUAUUUGUUGAUAGUUUCACUGUUUCCUUACAUUGAUUGUUGCGCAUGAAAGAAAAAUUGGCAAAAAUGUCAAAAUUAUCCUAUUUUCAUUGAGUGUUGAUGCUGCAAUUCAUAGAUCAGUACAGAGCUUCAGUUUGCUUUAACAUAAAUUUGAUGUAGCUAGUUAUAUUUUUAUUUUAUCUUUUAGAGAGUCAUAAAUGAUAUGGAUAUCAAUAAUUUGUGACGAACUUUUCCAAGCAUUUCUGUUAACAACUUUACGGGUUCCUAAGAGAAUGAUGUUGUACUUCAGCUAUUUAUUUUGGAAGACCUUUGUUGCACUCUAAUGUGAGGAAUUGAUCGAGUGAAAUGUUUCUGUCUGCACUUUGCUUUAUUAAAAGUGCCUUCUGCUUUGCUUUCCUUAAUCUUUUUGUCUUGCUUGAAGUAUCGAAACCUUACCUGAACCUCUCUGCUAUUCCAAGCACUUCUUUUUAUCAUGGAUUUAACAGUAGAUCUACUGUAAAUUUUGCAUUUAUCUUUUCCCACAAUUUAUAUUGUAGUUUCAGCCAAAUUUAUUCUCUGUGUAAAUUUUAUUCUUCUACUGUAUUUCGUACCGGUGUCAUGCUGGUGCCUGGAAAUUUUCACCUGUACUAUGUAUGGUUGGAAUACUUCUUUGACUGUCAAGCUAAGUUUAAGUUAGCUAUGUCUGUGAUGUAUGUAUUUGCUAGGCGAUAAUUAAUGGAUAACAACAAAUGUCAUGAAACAAUUUUUCAGGCUAACUGUACCAUUUGCUUGCUUUUAAGUAUUCCAUUAUUGAGAGAAACCUGAAGUAUUUGUACUGUGACAGCACUUUAGAUCAAAAUUAGCAUAGCUGUAGUCACUAAGUGCCUUUGAAUCUGUUACAUCUGUUGAAGAUUAGUGUAUUUUGUAGCAUUUUAUCCAUGAAGCUUCAAGCUUUUGUACUGAAGAACAAGCCAAGCCACCCCUUUUAUGUAACGUUAUGAUUGUGCUCUUUUGCCAAUCCUCUCUAACAUACCGCAUGUCUAAUAAAUUACACUGUUUUAUGACGA